UUGAGCAGAAGAUGCUUUACAGGUUCAACCUGGACCGUCUCAGAGCAGCAUCACUGAGGAAAUAUUUCCAGCAGUGGGUUCAGAUGCUGCAGGUCAGAGAAGGUGAUAAGCAGGCAAUGGUGAACUUCUUCCUACGAUGGAGGCAGCAUUGUGGAGCAGCUGUAAGCUCAGUAGCUGACAAGACUGCAACAAAGAGGCAUGGAGAUCAGCCAUUGUGGACUGUAGAGAGACUGUUUCCUCAGAAAGCAGGCUACUCUCUUGAUGACCUCUGCCAGAAGAUGAAGCUCCAGAGAGUCUAUCUGCUGUGGGUGACAAGGCAAAGGGAGCAUCACAGAGCUGGUUCUUUCUCUCAGGCUUUAGAGCAGUGUAAACUCAGAAAAGCUCUGAAAAUAUGGCACCAAAAGUGUCUCAGACUGAAGACAAUUGAACAGGGGCCAAAGCGCUUGCACGGGACUGUCUUUGAAGAACCUCUUGCCAUGCUGUUUUCUGAGGACUUCUCAACAUCUUCGGGCUUUGACAGCAGUGCUCCAGCUACUCUGGCCUCUCAAAGCUCAUUGGAAAAGGAAUACAGUUUUAGUGACAGCAGCCAGCAGAGCUUCUCCUCUGUUCUGCCUACUGAGGAUGUCACUCACAUGCCAUACUACAGUUCUUGCCUGCAGCUACACCAGUGUGCAGAGCUGCCAUCUGAGCAGGCCUCCUUUCCUCCACGGAGUACUGGAUCUGGAGGAAAUUGGUUUGAGGGAGGUCAGUUCCAGUCUUUGGUACUGCAGAGUCCAGACAAUAGUGUGCAGUCUCUCAUCAGUUACUCUCUGUGGGAAGAGGACUGCAGUUCUGACAAGGAAGUGAAGAGUUGCUGGCACCAAGCAGAGAAAUGCUGUCUGCAGAGGUACUUCAUUAUUUGGUCUGCUCAGACUCAGCAACUUGUCAAGGCCCAGCAGCACUGCAGGCUCACUCAGCUGUCUCGGGUUUUUCUCAGCUGGCAUCACUGGGUUGUGGAAAAUAAGAAUCGAAAAGCAGCAGCAGCCCUAAAACAUGGAGUUCAUUGCUGCCAGGUGGCUUUCAGCCUGUGGAAGAAGAGACUGGCCCAGAAGGUGGAGGCUGACAGGAGAUUCAGGUGUCACAUUCACCAGAUGACUGCUGAUGCUCUGUGGCAUUGGCAUUCCUGCUGGCAAAGGAAGUGUGCUGAGAGAGACCUGCAGCAGCAAUGGGCUCAGCACAGCUGCCAGCAAAAGAAGAGGCUGGUCCUGCAGACAUGGUACUGCCAAACAGGAAAGCAGAAAUAUGCUGCUUUAUUCUGGGAACGUCUUCUCCUGCACAGGUGCCUAGUGGCCUGGGCCCAGAUCACUGCCGGUAGACUGAGGCAGCAUGAAGCCCUCUCUCAUUUUAAAAGGCUCAGGGAACACCAUCUCUUGGUUGUGAGCUUCACUGAGUGGAGGGUGAAGUUCUUGAGAGCUGAACAGAGGGUGCUGAGAGAGAGAAACCUCAAGUGUCAGGGACCCUCCUGGGGUAGAGCCUGUCACCGCUGGCGGUUGGCCUCAAGACAGCAAGCCCUACACCUAGGGUCUGUGGCUACUGUAAAACAGGCCUGCAACUACUGGACAAAAGCAGCUGCCUUUUCCCAGUGCUCACGGCAGUGCAGUACCCUGAUAGGUGUGAGGAAGAGGAGGAAGAUGUCUCUAGCUUGGUCCUUGAAAAGCAGAAGAGGCAGAGAAAAGGGUUCAGCACCAGCUGCCUCUCUUGAGCUGUUCUCCAGUGCCAUUCACCGCUGGCUCGUGAUCUACAGAAGCCAAAACGUGGCUGAAAGGCCCCCUCACCUGGCAGAGAGACCUGCUGUGGUGGGACUCUCUCCUGCAGAUGCAAGGAUCCAGGAGAACAAGGCAGAGGUGGAUGUGGAGUGGGAUGAGAAGUGGCUUGGGAGGAAGUAUCUGAGAUGGUGGCAUCGAACCGUGAUCCUUCGCCAGUGCCAGCGUGUCAGGAGGCUGCGCUGCCUGGCAAGGGGGUGGCAUCGGUGGCAAGAAGCCAGCAGGGUGGUGACAGUGGCUCAGGAGUUGGCCCAGCAGCAGCUGAUAGAAAAGGCCUGGAGGGUGUGGAGACGACGAUACUUGCAAACCCGUGUGGUGCAGAAUUUUUUGGAGGAAGAAGCCAGAAGCCUGCUGUCUCAGGCCUUUGGAAGGUGGCGCCAGCUAACAGCAUUCCAGCUCAAGGACAAAGGAGGCUGCUGAAUGGUGGGGGCCUGCCUGCAGCUGCUGCUCAUUUCAGGAUACUGGAGGAUGCUGUCACAACAAAGACCUGGUCCUGCACAAGCAAGAAAGCUAAUGCUAUGCUCAUGUGAUAAAAGCAGUGCUUUUAUCUGGAAAGCACCGGAUAGCACCACAGCCAAAGGACAACCAGGAAGAGAUGGUACCUGUGAAAAUUCCUCCUUUAAAGGACUGGUAUCCUAUCUUCUUAGAGGCACCAAUUUGAGAAGUCGUUCUCUUCUGUUGUGAGGUUGCCUUCCCUUUUCCCCAUGACCCUACUU